AUGCAUUUUAUCAAAUCAACCACUCUGCUGGCACUGGCUGCACUAGCUAGUCAGUCCUCCGCCGCCACCUGCGAAAACACCUGGACGCCCCCUAACCUCUACUACGACUGGGAGAUCACGGCUCCCGACGUCCCCGAGAUCCCGGCUGUCUGCGGGAGGCUUUGGGAUGAGCUGAGGUGCCCGGCGCCCAGCCGCACUAGCUGCAGAGACGACAGCGGUACUCUGGUGUGGAAAUUCACUACUGGCAUUGGCUGCAAUGAAGGUGACGUUGAGUCUGCUUGGUGGCGGGCUACGAAGGACAGUUAUGGGAGUAUUGCCUGCUGAAGAUGGGCGCAGUAUACUAAACGGGCUAAGUGGCGACAACUCAGGCCCUGAUGAUGGAGCUUCCAACUUUGUAUGAGCUGGGGUAUAUCUGGAAUUGGGUGGCAAACUAUAGUAGUAUGUGGAGGAUGUUGUCGCUUUCUAGUGCUUCUGUUCUUACUGUUGCACUUCCCGUGUGCUGGAUGUAAAGCCAUCAUGCGUGUACGCUGUUAAUUUGCAUUGAAGCCGGAUGUUCUUAGGCUGGACUGCAAGUGAAUGCAAG